AUGGAGCAGGAAAUGAGCCCCAACUACUACGAAAUCCUAGGCAUUCCCCCGACCGCAAGCGCAGGAAUCGUCAAAAGGGCCUACAGGGUCAUCGCGCUCGCCAAACACCCAGACAAGAACCCGUCUCCAGACGCAACAGCUGAGUUUCAGCUCGUGGGCAUAGCCUACGAAACGCUCUGCGACGCAGACAAACGGCAGCACUAUGACACGCAUAUUUACCCCAAAGUACUCAUGAGCAGAUCCAGAUCUCAAUCCAGCACUGAUACAGCAGGACAAGACGCGAACAAGAAAGGAAGCCAAAGCCAAAGCCAAAGCAAACGGGAUACCAACCCUCAAACCCCGGAGGAAAAACUAAUGGAGCGAAUGGAGCGUAAGCUCGCGAGGAAAAUACUUAACGAAGCCUAUGCCCUGAAUGACAGAUUGAAGACGGCAAAAGCUCACAUUGCUAGCCUGCAGCAGCAACUAGGUCGGAUUUUGGAGCAGAGAGCCGCUAAUGGGCCAUCGGCUGAUUUGGGCUGGAGGCAAAAUACCGUUGAGCAUCAGAUUGCGAAGGCGCAGGAGGAAGUCAUGUAUUGUGAGUCUGGGAUUAGACUCCGCCUUCGGGCAGCUCAGAUGUCCAGAAAGUGGUAG